AGUUUACCGGCUCGGGUGCAAAGUUUCAGCCGUCUGCAAAGCGGAGCUUGUCGGCAGAUUUGUCUGGAAUAUGCUGGUGACGUCCGCAGGGUUUUCACACGGUUCCUAGAAUCCAGUAACUCCCAUGAAAUCGGCACUCUGGAUGUAGCUUCACCCGGAGGACACCGUGAAACAUUAUCUCUCCCUCUGAACUCGAAUCGACGGAGGACAACCAGGAAACAAACAUAACACAAUGGCCUGUGAGCCAAACCGUGCCCGGCUGCUAUGUAUGCUCUCAUUGACUUUCAGCUUCUUCAUCGUAGAGGUGGUGGUGAGCCGCGUCACCUCUUCCCUAUCGAUGCUCUCGGACUCUUUUCACAUGCUCUCGGAUGUUAUCGCGUUGGUCGUGGCUCUGGUCGCGGUGCGGUUCGCCGAGAAAACCCAAUCGACCAAAAAGAACACCUUCGGAUGGAUCCGGGCGGAGGUGAUGGGGGCUCUGGUCAACGCCGUUUUUCUCACGGCGCUGUGCUUCACCAUCGUCCUGGAGGCCGUCGAGCGCUUCACCGACCCCCACGAGAUCAAGACCCCGGUGGUGGUGGCCGGGGUGGGCGCCGCGGGGCUCCUUAUCAACCUGCUGGGCCUCUGCCUCUUCCACGGACAUGCCGGGGGAGGCCACGGGCAUUCCCAUGGGGGUAAGGGGAAGAGGGGGAAAGCUGAGAAGUUCCAGAAGGAUGGCAAUGGAUCAGCGCUGGAGGAGACCAACAACCUGGUGGGGAAUCACAACAGUCCGGGUGAUGGGAGAUCAAGAACCGAUGUGAGCUGUAAAGACAACUCAGAGGUGCAGAUGAACGGCAACACCCAUUUCGAUGAGCUGGAACAUGACCAUGACUCGUCGGCUCAGCUCAACAUGCGUGGGGUGUUCCUGCACGUUCUGGGUGACGCUCUGGGUUCUGUCAUCGUUGUGGUCAAUGCCAUCACUUUCACCUUCGUGUGGAAUCCCUGCCAAGACGAUACCUGCAAGGACGUCUGCUUCAACAGUCCUGGGACCGACCACCUGCACGUCAGUAACGCUACCAGUGUGUCAGGCCCCUGCUGGGUUCUGUACCUGGAUCCCACGCUGUGCAUCAUCAUGGUGUGCAUCCUGCUCUACACCACCUACCCGCUGCUCAAAGAGUCUGCCCUCAUCCUGCUGCAGACUGUACCCAAGCAAAUAAACAUCCACAGGCUCAACGAGCGGCUGCUGAGCCUGGAAGGCGUCCUGGCCAUCCACGAGCUGCACAUCUGGCAGCUGGCCGGGAGCCGAAUCAUCGCCACCGCGCACAUCAAGUGCCACGACCCCACGUCCUACAUGGACGUGGCCAAACGCAUCAAGGACUUCUUCCACGACGAGGGCAUCCACGCCACCACCAUCCAGCCCGAGUUUGUCACCUUCAGCUCCGAGUCCCGGGACUCCCUGUGCGAGCUCUCCUGUCGGACUCAGUGCGCUCCCAAGCUGUGCUGCGGCUCCGCCGACAAACAGAAGGGCGACGUGGACUUGAAAACAUCAGACGCCCCUUCGGCCCUGGAGGUCAUCAGCGAGACUGCGGAGAAAGCUGCAGACGUAGAGGUGCAGCCUCAGACGGUGACCGACGCCCCGGUCGCCAGCGAGCUGGUGUCCUCUCUGUGAAACUACGAGGACCAAGGCGAAUCGAUGGGAUGCUGGAAAACCACCACUUCAGGCUGAAGCAUCGCUGUCAUUUCCAGGAAGCUGUAAUUGUUUGGACCCGUUAUGGUUUUGGUUAGAAGUUAAUUCUUAAUCUUUCCGAUGACUUUUUAUUCCAGCCUAUUGUUGAAGUUGAGCCACUCUCCUUUUAUCAUCUCCUGCUCAGGCAGCACGGUUGUGAUAAGGUUUUUUUUUUCACGGGGCCUCAUCUCCUCCGGGGCUGGAGCGACGUCUGCAUGACUGUCCCUCUUUCCGGUGCCGUGUUGUGAUAUGUCGCUUCAUCCUAAUGGUGGGUUUUCUGUGCCAAAGUUUCUUACUGCAGGACCGAAGGGACAAACGGACCAUUGGAGCACAUCAGUGUGUUUUAGUUUAUGGACCUCCUGGCAAAAUGAGUCAUUGAUGUUUUGCGUAGGCUAUAAGAAAAUCUAUUUUCUUAUCCAUUUUGGUUGCAAGUGGAAUAGUAUUAUAUUUCAUAAUAAUUUAAGUAUUUAAGUUAUUAGAAAUGAUUUAUCUCUCUGUAGAUGCUGUUUAUGAAAUUUAGUUUGAAUAACAAAGAAGGAUAUUUGAAUUUCUUUGUCCUGGAUUUUAUUUGGGGGAGAAAAAAAAAAAAAGUGUUUUAGUGAUAUUUUUUCAAAUGUGAUGUUUUUAUAAAGAUCUUGUCGGACUGUCAUCUGGCCUUGAAUCCUUGCUGUCACUAGUUUGGUGUAGACACCUCUCACCUUGCCUUUAAAAAAACAACAAAACUGUUGUGUAGGACACUGUUUGUAGAUGGUGUAAGGAUUUCUUGCAGUGGUAAAUUUGGAUAUUUAUAAAUUUGUA